AUGUCCACCAAAGAAAACUUUGCGCGGCACAUCAUUCUCAAUGGGUUGCCGAACAACAUCACGCCUGAUAAGCGUGAGAAGUUCCAGAACGCCUUCUCCAAGAAGAUCACCGAUGUUCUUGGGCACUCUCGGUUUAACCUACACGUCGUCAUGGACGCCGAGGCGGGACUGGCGAAGGGUGCCUUCCUGAGCUUCGCGACCGAAACCGACGCGGAGACGGCGCUGGCCAAGCUGAACAUGUACCACUUCACCAAAACCUCCAUCAUCACAACCUACCGUUGGUCUGCCCUAGAAAACGCGAAGAUGGGGGAGGAGGAGUACGUCCCCCCGCCCGCGAUGGAGGAAGAGGGCGCCGAGGAGGACUUCCUGCACAACAUGGCCAUGGAUGAGCAGGGCCGGCCGCAGUUUAUCGUGAAAGGCGGACUGGCGAUGGAUUGCGAGUGGUAUUGGUUCGAUUGGGAGAGAAAGGAGCCGGUGCUCUACCGCCGCCCGAACGUCCGCAAGGAGGACCCUCUUGGGAAGUGGUCGGAGAUGGACCGCCGCGAUAAAUCCCUACGCGCAGGCCUCGUCAGCAGUGUUCUGCCGGUGGCUCGACCUCUGCCGGUGUGGUCGACUUACGGUACGAUGAUGAUUUCUCAACAGAUGAAGGGCCUUCGAAUUUGGGGAGGGCGCAGCAUGCACCUUCUCUUCGAGGUCAUGGAGGGGGUGGAGGCGUUUAUGGUCUCGAGCAGCGAGCGGUACAUCGUGACCAAAACAGACAAAGAAGUCAGCGUGUGGAACAUGCGCACGGCGAAGAAGAUUCGUACGUUGGGCAAUCUCGACUUGCACUCGGACGACCUCUGGCCCAUUGUGCGUUUUAGCGCCGACGACACCCUCGUUGCGGUGUGCAAGGUAGGCUACAACCCAAACGAAAUGGUGCCCCCCACCGCCGGCCGACUAUCGCUUUAUAUCGCCCGAAAUAUGCGCCUCAUACAGGGCAGUACGAGUCAGGAACGUCUCCAAUACACCUUUUCUAUACCUGGGCUUUACAAGGCAGAGUGGAACCCCAACGUGAAGACCCAAAUCGCCUAUGUCGUGGCGCUCGGACCGAAAGAGGGCUGGAAAUUGGUGAUUGCAAAUAUGCACGUUGAUGAGGAGAACAACAUCGCCACCGAGGAGCAGCUGAUCCAGCGCCAUUUUCUGCAGGCGACUUCUCUGGAUAUGCUCUGGAACCCAGCCGGCGUCCAUCUCUCGAUCAAGGCCACAUUGAAGAAUACCACGGAGUAUUUCCUUUUCCAUAUCGGCUCGCGCUCCGUUGCGGCAAUGCAGCUGCUGAUCAAACCCGGCUUCAGCGCAGGGCGUUUUGCGUGGCAACAGAAAGGGGACUAUUUCGCGACUAUCCUCAAUAAAGUGCAGGACACGAAUGCCUCGGGGGGGGCACAGCUGCUAUCCGAUCACGGCCUCCUGCAGAUCCACACAAUAAAGAACAACAAGCUGAAGCUCCUGUUGGAUUUGAGCACGUCCAUGACGCACCUCUUUUGGUCCCCGAAGGGGAGCUCCCUCGUCGCGGUGAACUUCGACAAGUCCAUUCUGCACUUCCUCUCCAUCACCGACGAGGGCGGGGUGGAGGAGCACAACAAACUGAGUGGAGUGAGCGCCACGGACUGCCAGUGGGACCCCACCGGGCGCUUCUUCGCGACAUGGGUGUCCUCCCUGCGGAACACCACAAUGGCCCCGCAGUACCGCAUCUUUAACUACAACGGCACGGAGCUCUUCCGCAAGGACUCCAAGCCCUUUUCCCACUUCUCCUGGCGCCCCCUGCCCCCAUCCCUUCUUGCCGAGGCCGAGGUGCGGACGGUGAAGGGGUCUUUACGGAAACUCCUGGCGGACUACGAGGCGACGGCGAAAGAGAAGCUCGCGGCUGAGGAGCAAAAGGUCGCUCGAAAAAAGAAGGAUGUCGAGGACACCUACACCAAAAGGAUGAACGACCUUGCUCGGAAGAUGCGAGACCAGCGGCUCAAUCAAAAGAAAAUCGAGCUUCAGGAUAGCUCGCGGUGGACUCGCUAUUGGCCUUCGCGCAUUAGAGCCCUUUCGGAAGAGCAACGUAUCAUCCACGAGGAUCUAACUGAGGAGCGUAUCAUAUCGAGAAGGCAGAUAGGAACAGCCGUUGGGUCUCUCGCGUAG